AUGGUUAGGGAAACGAAAUUCUACGAUACGCUCGGUGUCAAGCCUGGUGCCACAGAUGCAGAACUGAAGACCGCUUAUAAAAAAGGCGCCUUGAAGCACCAUCCAGAUAAAAAUGCCCACAACCCAGAGGCUGCGGAGAAGUUCAAAGAGCUGUCAAAAGCAUACGAAGUCUUGUCGGACUCGCAAAAGCGCCAAAUGUACGAUCAAUACGGCGAAGAAGGCCUUGAACAAGGAGGUGGCGGUGGUAUGGCCGCUGAAGACCUCUUCGCACAGUUCUUUGGUGGAGGGGGCGGUGCGUUUGGUGGUAUGUUCGGUGGGGGCAUGAGAGAGCAAGGCCCGAAAAAGGCUAGGACUAUUCACCAUGUCCACAAAGUCUCACUGGAAGAUAUCUACCGUGGGAAGACCUCCAAGCUCGCUUUACAGAAAUCAAUCAUUUGUCCAGCGUGUGACGGACGUGGUGGGAAGGAAGGCGCGGUCAAAACUUGCACAGGAUGUAACGGCGCCGGUAUGAAAACCAUGAUGCGGCAGAUGGGUCCCAUGAUCCAGCGAUUCCAGACUGUAUGCCCCGACUGCCAAGGAGAAGGUGAGAUGAUCCGCGAGAAGGACCGGUGCAAGCGUUGCAGCGGGAAAAAGACCGUCAUCGAGCGGAAGGUUCUGCAUGUGCCGGUCGAUAAAGGAGUAAAGAAUGGUCACAAGAUCGACUUCCGCGGUGAAGGCGACCAAGCUCCAGGGGUCCUAGCUGGGGAUGUGCAGUUCGAAAUUGAGCAAAAGCCCCAUCCGCGAUUCCAGAGAAAAGACGACGAUUUGUUCUUCCAAGCCGAAAUAGACCUCUUGACUGCUUUGGCUGGCGGUACAAUCUACAUUGAGCAUCUGGACGAACGGUGGUUGACAGUCGGGAUCAUUCCAGGCGAGGUUAUCAGUAAUGGAGAGAUCAAGAUGAUACGCGGACAAGGCAUGCCAUCCUAUCGACACCAUGACUUCGGCAACCUCUACAUCCAAUUCGACGUGAAGAUGCCAUCCUCCAAUUUCAACUCGGUGGAAAAAAUCCAGAUGCUUGAGUCUAUACUUCCGCCCAGGAAGGAGCAAGCUCCACCGCCCGGUGAUGCUAUGCUUGAGGAUUACAUGCUCGAAGACGUGGACGCCAGCGGUCAGAGACGCGCGCAAGGCGCCGUCAGCUUGGAUGAUGAAGACGAGGAUGGUGUCCCGCCUGGGGCUGAGAGGAUGCAAUGUGCAUCUCAAUAA